UUCCUAUUUGUAAACAUAUAUAGAAAAAAAUCUAUAUGAGCGAAGAACGGUUUCUAAGAACUAGUUCCUAAUGCCGAAUGGUUCUACAAGGAACGGUUUUGUGAACUGUUUUGCCCAUCUCUAAUUUGAUCAUCUAGCAGUCAACAUUAUAGAAAUGCAUCUAACUGAAAUUUUUCUGAUCGUUGUAAAUUUACCCUACCCAUAACGUUUGGAUACAACUGUUUGCCAAACAAUUGUUUUUUGCGCGUAUUACGGAAAUGUACAAUGUCCUAAAUUUUUAUCUAAUCAGGUUUUUCUUAAAAUUAUUUUUCAGCUUCUUCAACAAAGGAUAUAUUUGUAAGUUUGGUCCGGAGUUUUUGGGAAGCACAUGCCUAUAUUAUGGAGACAGGAGGUGCCUUGACCACUCUUACUGUUUUAGUGGUUCUACCAUUGUGGGAUAACCCCGGAAAAUAUGUUGCCUGCUGCUGUAAUGUAGGAGAUUCUCUAGGCUAUGUGUAUUCCAAAGCACAUGGUGUCAGAGAAAUCACAGAAGGUUCACAUGAUGUUAACUCAAUGCGUGACAUGCGUGACGCUUUGGGAGCGCUAGGUCCUGUUAAUGGUGAAAACCCAGAAAUGAGUAAUCUUACGCUUUCAAUGACCGAUAUAGAUAAAGAUGACAUUGUGUUCCUUACAUCAGAUGGUAUAAGUGAUAAUUUUGAUCCAGUUGUUGGAAAGUUUGCGGAACCGUUGAUACAUAAAAUACAGCCUCUUGUGCCCUCACAACCAAGCCAAUCUCGUUUAGCACCCAAAAGACAAAAUAAAAGUGCAUCUAAUAUUAUGACCAGAAGACAAGAAUUAACAGAGCCACUUGCUAGAAUAGCAUCAUCAACAAAAAAAUCUGUAAAUCUCUUAAAUUCAGCAUCACAAAAACGCACUGUGUCAACAGAUCCAUCAGUUGACGGAGCAAAUCGAGCAUACACGAGAUCAAAGACAUUCAUUGAACCUAGGCCGCGAAAAAAUAAUCAAUCAACAAGAAUGUCUACAUUGCCGUUAGUGAGUGGUGCACAGAGACAUCAGUUAACAAUGUUACGGAUGGCUGACAUACUCAUGUAUGGAAUCAAUGGAACUCUAAGACCGUGUACUACUGCCAAACAGCUAUGUCAACUAUUAAUUGACUUUGUAACCUGUAUUACGUCUGCUAAGAGAAAGUUGUUAGAACAACGUGAGCUCUAUUAUAAAAUCAUUAUUGGCAAGGACGGUCUUCAGAAAGAGGUAGAAUACACGAAACACCAACAAAAGAUGGCCCGUAAGCGAAUGAUGGAGGGAAGUACAUUUUCUUCACUCCCUGGAAAGCUGGAUCAUGCAACGGUUGUAGCAUAUACCGUUGGUGUAGAGCACUCUUAUACCGAAACAAACUUGUAGUGAAGUGAAUCCGUAAAAGGAACAUUGACGAAUAUUCAUCCCAAUAAACAAUUUGAGCUGGUUAAACAAUUUUUUAGUCGGAGAAGCAUAUUUUUGCCUGAAUGAGCUCUUAUUCAGCAUUCAAUAAUAGUUUGGAUGUUUAGAUACUCUUGGGCAACUAGGUCAUAAUUAUUCGAAAAAAAAAAUGAUUAAUACUAAUAAUAUAUCUUUAACUUUAACUUAGUUUAAGCAGUUUUAAGUUUUGUACAGUAACAAAUCCGAAAUUCAAAAUGGUUCCUUAGUCCGUUAGAUCUCUUUUUUUAGAUUACAUGUAUAAAUGACGUAUUUUAUUUUAGUUACAGCACAUUAUACAUUCCAUCUUGAACCCAUAUCAAAUUUUAGCUCAGAGAAAGUCAGGGUUUUUAUUUUUUUAUCGAUUUCCGUCAUAGUUAUUGAUCGGUUAAUAGUCCUCAAGCGCGUGUUGUGCCUAAAAACUGCACGGUAAGAAAAAAGUACCCAACGGCCAGUUCACUUGUGCCUAAUUUUGACUAGUUUGUCUCCUUUUCUCCUUCUAAUGUUGUCAAAAACUGAGGAGCAAAACCACCCAACAGGGGCAGUAAAGUGUGGGAGGCCAACGUUGAGUAUAAUCAUAUUUACCUACUUUUCGGUACAACUAACUUACUUUUGCGUUGAAAGCUAGUGGAAAAUUCCACGGCUUGCAUCAAAACUACGAAUUAUAAAGUUUUCAUAUGCAAAACGUACUAAUACUGAAGUACCUAGUCACGCCCAAUUAAUUUCAAAUGCAUCCGUUCGAUAUUUCACGUGUAAACAACAAACAAAAAGAAAACCAUCAAUUGUCCGAGUAUAUAGAGAUUAGUGACGCUUAACGCAUGCACACUAGCGUAUAAUAUAUCCGCUAUAAAUACAUAACAAAUCGCUGUCAAGGUCAUACGCCAAGUAAAGUUGUUUAUUGUUUUCCUCUGGCUAACCUAAAAAAUGUAUAAAAUGAGAUCGGUGAAAAUGACCUUGACAGCGAUUUGUUAUGAAUUUUUCUCGGAUUUUCACUAACCACUCUCACAUAUCGCUAUCGCACCAAUAAAGCCGGACGUGAAAAGCUCUAUAAUUCCACUUUCACAAAAUAUUUGACAAAAGAGCCAAGGUGGAUCAACAGACAAAGCAAUCCCAAGGGUGUAUUUCCACAGUGUACCACCAGUGCACAAUGGGUUUUUUUUUUUGCAAAAAAGGCAUUUAAUUCAAUAUC